AUGCGAAAUGUCAGGAAAUCGGAGGGCCUUUGUGCUUCCAAAUGUCGCAAUUUUCUUACUGAUUGCGGUAUCACAAUAAGUUUUGGAUUUAUGAACUCCAAUAUCCCUUCGCUUCCUACCCCUGUCUCCGGCCUACCAGCUCGCAUCCUUAGUGUGUGCAACUAUAUCCAGAAAGUUGGCCUGUCUCCUAAAAAGUUUAUUCAUGGCUUUAUUACCUUGAACCAAUCAGAUCUAAUUUACCGUCGUCGACUAAUGAGAGCUGGUGUUGGUGAAAGGGAGACAGUAGAGAUACUAGAAGGUUUUGGGGACAUGCUUCGAGGUAGUCCAGAGGGGUCAGAUAUCUGGAUGGAUUUUAUUUUAGAGCAGGCUUCUGCCAUUGUUAAUGCCCAAAACGCACCAGUGGGCGCCUACCCACAGGGCUUGUACGUUAGUUCGAACAGCAUUAGCGAGGAUUUCUUUACUCAACAUGCCGAGGAACGUCGUGAAAAUAUAGUGAAGGGUUCGAUGCCGUUCUUGCACAAGCUGAUUUUGAGAAAACUGCAAUCAUCUUUGGAAUUGACCGAAACUACGGAUGAAGACUUUGAUCACAAUGUAGAUCAAGAUAUCACGUCAACUGCACCAGCUUCUACUAAUGGAAAUCCUGAUUCAAUCUCCGACGUAGCGGACGAAGCUACGAUCCUUUCCUUGGACAACCUUGUCUAUGUAUCAAAGCGGGGAGCAGGCUUGAAAGACCAUAAGUUGAAGAUGGCUUUCAAGAAGGCCAUGGCUGCUGCUGCUGAUUGGCCUGUUGAAAUGUCAAUGUUCAUUCCGACUCCUGAUCAAAUCACUCAUUGGAAAGGUGUCAUUUUAGCUCAGCUGGCGGAUGUUUUGAAGACCUAUGUUGAACAUCUACCUGGUGAUAACGCUGUAAAGCUACCAGUUCUAAAAACUCAACCUGCAUCUAUUGAUCCAAUUCAAAUAUAUCAACCCAAUAUUUUCUUCUUACGCUUAAUGGACGCCCCGGAUUCCUCUGCAGAAGGUGUUUCUCAAGCUUUGGAGGAGGUUAUGUCUCAAAUAGGUGUAGAUGUUGAUGAAUUUGCCAAAGGACUCCUGUUUGCUGAGGGCGAUGUAGGAUCGAAUGAGCUCGUGGAAAGCUUGCGUCGCAAGCACUUUCCUUCAAGUAAUAUGGAGGACUUGCUUCGCUGGAUUGUCACUGUUUUCGGCCCGGCUCAUGCCACUUGGAACAUGUGCAAGGCAUUGUGCUCAAAGCACUGGGGUGACUCUAAGGAUGGCCAGGACACUGGUGCCUGGCAAACAGUGGAGGCGUUGGGUGGGACUGCGAAACAUCCCUCGCAACAGGAUUUUAAUACUCUGAUGAUGAUGACUAAAAAAUCUCAUGAUGCUUCACUGUUUUUUGUAUUGACUCACGAAUUGUAUUCAUGGUUGAUUAAGACCAGAACUAUGGCUUCUACGUAG